CCGGCCCCGCGGAGACUCGGCGGCGCCGGAGCGGACGGGACCCUCCGCGGGACCCUUCGCGGUCUCCUACUCUCUUGAAGGAGCCGGGGGUCACAGCCACCCAGGCAGGUCACUCGUGCCCGUCCCGCGGUUCGGGGACCAUGGCAGACCCCGAGGACCCCCCGCGCGUUGUUGUGGGCGAUGGCGGGGAGGGCGCGGGGGAGGACGGCUCCCUCCAGAACGACUCCUUCCCGCUCUCCUCGCUGGCCAACUUGUUCGAGAGCGAGGACACCCCGACUCCCGCCGAGGCAGCGCGGGGACCCCCCGGCGCCGGGGAUGGAAAGCAAAACCUCCGCAUGAAAUUCCACGGGGCCUUUCGGAAAGGCGCCCCGAAGCCCAUGGAGCUGCUGGAGGCCACCAUCUACGAGUCCCCCGUGGUCCCCGCGCCCAAGAAAGCCCCCAUGGACUCCCUCUUCGACUACGGUACCUACCGCCACCACCCCAGCGAGAACAAGCGCUGGCGCAGGAGGGUCGCGGAGAAGCAGGCGCCGGCAAAGGGACCGGCUCCCAACCCGCCCCCCGUCCUUAAAGUCUUCAACAGACCCAUUCUCUUCGACAUCGUUUCCCGGGGGUCCCCGGCAGGCCUGGACGGGCUCCUCUCCUUCCUCCUCACCCACAAGAAACGCCUCACAGAUGAGGAGUUCCGAGAGCCCUCCACGGGGAAGACCUGCCUGCCCAAGGCGCUGCUCAACCUGAGCGGGGGCAAGAACGACACCAUCCCCCUCCUCCUCGACAUCGCCGAGAAGACGGGCAACAUGAGGGAGUUCAUCAACUCGCCCUUCAGGGACGUCUAUUACCGAGGUCAGACAGCCCUUCACAUCGCCAUCGAGCGCCGCUGCAAGCACUACGUGGAGCUGCUGGUGGAGAAGGGAGCGGAUGUCCACGCCCAGGCCCGCGGCCGCUUCUUUCAGCCCAAGGAUGAGGGUGGAUACUUCUAUUUCGGUGAGCUGCCCCUCUCUCUGGCCGCCUGCACCAACCAGCCCCACAUCGUGCACUACCUGACGGAGAACGGACACAAGCAGGCGGACCUGCGGCGCCAGGACUCCCGCGGCAACACGGUGCUGCACGCCCUGGUGGCCAUCGCCGACAACACCCGCGAGAACACCAAGUUCGUCACCAAGAUGUACGACCUGCUCCUCGUCAAGUGCGCCAAGCUCUUCCCCGACACCAAUCUGGAGGCGCUGCUCAAUAACGACGGCCUGUCCCCGCUCAUGAUGGCAGCCAAGACCGGCAAGAUCGGGAUCUUCCAGCACAUCAUCCGGCGGGAGAUCACGGAUGAGGACGCCCGGCACCUCUCACGAAAGUUCAAGGACUGGGCGUAUGGCCCUGUCUACUCCUCCCUCUACGACCUCUCCUCGCUGGACACCUGUGGAGAAGAGGUGUCUGUGCUGGAGAUCCUUGUCUACAACAGCAAGAUUGAGAACCGCCAUGAGAUGCUGGCUGUGGAGCCCAUCAAUGAGCUGCUGCGUGACAAGUGGCGCAAGUUUGGGGCUGUCUCCUUCUACAUCAGCGUGGUCUCCUACCUCAGUGCCAUGAUCAUCUUCACCCUCAUCGCCUACUACCGCCCCAUGGAAGGCCCUCCCCCCUACCCAUACACCACCACUGCCGACUACCUGCGCCUGGCCGGGGAGAUCAUCACCCUCCUCACUGGAAUCCUCUUCUUCUGCACAAACAUCAAAGACCUGUUCAUGAAGAAGUGCCCAGGUGUGAACUCCUUCUUCAUAGAUGGCUCCUUCCAGCUGCUCUACUUCAUCUACUCGGUGCUGGUGAUUGUCACGGCGGGGCUGUACCUGGGUGGCAUCGAGGCGUACCUGGCUGUUAUGGUCUUCGCACUGGUCCUGGGCUGGAUGAACGCCCUGUACUUCACCCGUGGGCUCAAGCUGACAGGGACCUACAGCAUCAUGAUCCAGAAGAUCCUCUUCAAGGACCUGUUCCGCUUCCUUCUGGUCUACUUACUCUUCAUGAUCGGCUACGCAUCAGCCCUGGUGUCCCUCCUGAAUCCGUGUCCCAGCAGCGAGUCCUGCAGUGAGAAGUCCAACUGCACGGUGCCCACCUACCCAUCCUGCCGGGACAGCCAGACCUUCAGCACCUUCCUGCUGGACCUCUUCAAGCUCACCAUCGGCAUGGGUGACCUGGAGAUGCUUGAGAGUGCCAAGUACCCCGGCGUCUUCAUCAUCCUUCUCGUCACCUACAUCAUCCUCACCUUCGUGCUCCUCCUCAACAUGCUCAUCGCCCUCAUGGGCGAGACCGUGGGCCAAGUCUCCAAGGAGAGCAAGCACAUCUGGAAGCUGCAGUGGGCCACCACCAUCCUGGACAUUGAGCGCUCCUUCCCAGUGUUCCUGAGGAAAGCCUUCCGCUCAGGGGAGAUGGUCACCGUGGGGAAGGGCACGGACGGGACACCAGACCGCCGCUGGUGCUUCAGGGUGGACGAGGUGAACUGGUCCCACUGGAACCAGAAUCUGGGCAUCAUCAGCGAGGAUCCGGGCAAGAAUGACACAUACCAGUACUAUGGCUUCUCCCACACCAUGGGCCGGCUGCGGAGAGAUCGCUGGUCGACCGUGGUGCCGCGCGUGGUGGAGCUCAACAAGAGCUGCCAGCCGGAGGAGGUGGUGGUGCCGCUGGGGACCAUGGGCACGGCAGAGCCACGGGAGCGGCGGCACGGCCAGGCCCCGAGCUCCCUGCUCUAGCACAGUGGUGCUGGGAGCUCAUGGACUCUGCCCGGGCCCCCGGAGCAGUUCCAGAACUGCGACUGGGCUGGAUGGUGCUUGUCUGCUCCUCAGGGAUUCGUGCAGCCUCCGUCCCUCAAGCAGCUGCUGUCCCGGUGGGUGUCCAGCUUGGAUGGGGGGUCCUGGCCCUUCCCUGGCCAUGCUGGAGGUCUCGGCUCUCACCGAUGAGCUCCAGUGCCACCGCUUCCCUUCACCAUGCUGGCGCCAUUGGCUGUGCCAUGCCGGGAGCCUCGGACGCGGGCUGGGUGUGGGAAGCACGGCCCCCACCGCCCACCAAGGCCAAUGGUUUUGCCACAGUUUUUUGCACAGGAUUUAUAUGACUAUUUAUUUAGUAAUAAAGACUGACCUGCCA